UCACACCUUUCUAGGCCAAUAUUGACUCCUGAGAUGGCAUUGAAGGCGUUCAGUGACGAACAAUUAAAUUUCUUUAAUUUUGCGUCCUUGGUGUUAAAUGAAUUCCCUAAAAUCUUGCGGAAGACAUUUAAAACCAUGUGGGACAAUACCUAUGGACAUCGCCCUGGUUUCCAGCUCUGGGAUGAUUCCCCUGCUGUUAGAAAUAUGUUCGACUGUGAAGAAGCAAAAAGUGGCAAGAAGACUAAAGUUCCUGUUCUCCUGUCAUACAAUGAAUGGGAUUGUACCAGUCUGUUUCAGGCUACUAUAUUUGCGUGGUCUUUUGCUUUGCCAGCCAGUACAGGCUCUUUCACCAGACUCAGUGAUUUGUACGUAAAGCCCUGUGCAGUACCUUAUGGUAGUUUCCACGCAUGUGUGGUCAGCCCGGGUGGAAACAUGGCGCAGACCUUUGCACUUGCGAUUGACCAGCUCCGCCUUCUAAGAAAUUCGCUCUGUCACUCCACCAGUUCUGAGAUGGACAAAGCGACAUUUGACCAGCGCGUGAAUUACGCCAAAGAAGCAUUUCAAGCUCUUGGUGUUCCAACAGCUCCAAUCGAUGCACUUAGUAGUUUGACGGAGUCGGACUUCCCCACAACAAAGGUUCGUCAAUUGGAAAAGAGUAUAAGAGAAGAGACUCGGGAAUACAUCAAGUUCCUUGAGGAAAUGAGUUCAGAUGUCAUAGAGAUGAAGACGCUGUUAAAUGCUGUUAAGCAAACCGUUGACAAUACCUCUAACAAAGAAGACAUCGCUAUGUUAGAGCAGAAGAUCGCCAAGUUGCAAGUGGCCCAACGUGAAAGUGAAGCUAAAUUGAAGUCUACAGGUAGGUUAACUUCUUAAUGGACAACCAGGGGACUGAAAUUUUUGUUGGGAUUUAUAAAGCAAUCAAACGCGAUAGCGUGUUUAAAAAAAAAUCGAAUCCAAUGAUACCACACGUAUCGCAAGUAGCACAAGAUCAACGUGAAGAAGACAGGUAUAUGUUAACUUCUUUCUAUGUCACGCGGUAGGCAUAAACAAAAGAAAGAGCUGUGAGUUAGAGGAACGAGUAGUGGUUUGAAAGGACUGCGAAUUUUAUUUUGCUUUUAUGUCACUUUUAAAAAUACGAAAACAGAUUUUUACUUUUACAGGUUUGAGACCAUCGCUAUCCAUACCUUCUCUUCCUGCAAUGGUUCCUAAUUUUACUGGACGUCAAAGCGAAUGCGAGGAGAUUACGAGCUACGUGACUUCUGAAUCUACUCGGCUCAUGUCGAUCUGGGGUUCACCUGGAUUCGGAAAAACAUCGGUUGCGAUUGCAGUCGGACACGAUCUCCAGUCUAAAGGACUACCGGUCUGUUGGGUUUCAUUACGUGAACUAAAGUCCAAAACAGAUCUCGUUUCAAAGCUUCUAAGCUUUGUUAAGCCAUCUGUCAGAAAUGACCAUCUAUCCUCGUCGUAUCCAACACUUGAUGAUCAGCUUUGCCUACUUUUAAGCGAAAUUUCCGAUCGAUCUAUUUUUAUUCUUGAUAAUGCUGAUAAUUUAUUAGAAGAUGGCGAGCCAGGCGUGAAGAAAGAGGUCAUAGAACUUUUAAAAGAAAUUCUCAGGCGAAGUAAGGCGACGAUAUUUGCUUUAACAACAAGAGAAUCGCUAGGUUUUCUGAGUGUGGAUUUGCAAGGUCACGAGAGUGUAAGAAUCAGACCAUUGGAUGAAGACUCUGCAAAGACUUUAGUAAAAGCCCUUCUUCCAACAGCAAGUUCUUCAGACUGUACACGAAUCCUGCAAAUCUGUGGAUUUGUACCCUUUGCAAUAAAGUUAUUGUGUUCCUCAAUUUCUGAAGGUGAGGCUGAACCAAGCCAGUAUCUCGAUGAAUUCAUGCAGUUUGCCUCCACAGCGAGUAUCGCCGAGAUGUUAGACAGGCCAGAUUACCCAGACGAGUACAGAUUACAGUCUCUUUUUGAGUUAUCUUUUGAGAGGCUCACUGCACAGGAGAAAAAAGCACUAGUGUCAUUGAGUAUUCUUCCAGAGAAUUUUGGUACGGAGGUCGCUGCUGUUGUUUUAGACGAAAAAAAUCUUCAGGCCAAGAAGUUAUUGCACGGCCUUCGGAGGAAGUCCCUUCUUGAUCUAGAUGUGAAACAAGAGGUAUUUACGAUGCACAAGCUGCUACAAUCAUUUGCAAGAGAAAAAGGAGGAAAUGAAAUGAAAGACACGGUCCUUAAAUCAAAGGACCGAUUGAACGCGUUUUACGUGUCCCUUUUUCACAAGCUAAAUGAGCAGUUUCUGACUGGUCAUUCAAUGAUAGCGUUUCUUAAAUUCUAUGAAGAUGAGCAAAGUAUUAUUCAAAGCCUUUUAAAUAGGCUUGCGAAUGCGAAGACAGCUAGCACUGUUUUUGAUGUGUUAUCUAAGGGAGAGUUGUUUCUUGCUACUCUUUUUUUUAAUGAAGCAUCAACCUUUAACAAGAUAUACGAUUCAGCAAUUGAGGCUACGAAGAGAUUUGAAACAAACGAGUCUUACAGUCGAUUACUUGUUUCAAAGGCGUUUUCAGAAGUAUGCUGGGGUGCAAGGGGAAAUACGGUGCAGUUACUUUGUAGAGCAAAGGAAGCUGAAGCUGAAGCACUGCCUUCAAUUUCUUUGUCAGAACUACAAGGAAAACGUCUGUGUUAUUUAGGUAUCAACCAUCUUGUUAACGGCAAUACGGAAGAUGGAAUUCGGAAUUUGCAAGACGCUCUUCAGAUGUUUAAUGGCAGUCCAGAUCAGAAAAGUCUUAGGCUCAUUACUCUUCAAAUUCUUGCAAUAUUUUCCCCAUUUCAAAAGACUUCGACGGAAUUAAAUGAAUUACCUCGCAAUGCAGCGGAAGAUACAGACCAACUGCCGUUGUUAUCUUUAAAACAAGGGAAAGGAAGGAAACUUAGCAAUGUGACAGAAAAUCAAAGAGGUGUUAUCGGCGUUUCUGACAACCCUUUAAAACUGGAAAUGAUUUUUGUUGUAAGCCAGACCAUGCAGAAUCUCUUUGAUGCUGACACUAAACAACAUUUCACAAAUAUUUUACAUGAGAUGCUGAGCGAGAUCGAAAGAGAGGAGCACAUCUCCGUAGGUGUCUGUAAAUUUCAUAGGCAGCUUCUGUCUGUUUUAGAUAAAAUGGAAGAUACCACAUUACUAUGUGAAAUGAGAAUUAGUUUCCAUCAAAAAGCUCUAGAUCGCUGUAGUGAAAACACACCCUCGUACCAGGUACACAAGGAAGCACUUGCAACGUACUACGAAGACCUUGCAAAAACUCAACAUUCACUUGGAAACUUCAACGCAGCACUAAAUUCUUAUCAGCAUGCACUUGACAUCCGCCUUAAACUGUUUGGAGAAGAACACGCAAGCACUGCUGGUAGUUAUAAUAACCUUGGCACCAGUCAACAUUCACUUGGAAACUUCGACGCAGCACUAGAUUCUAAACAGCAUGCACUUGACAUCCGUCUUACACUGUUUGGAGAAGAACACGCAAGCACUGCUGAUAGUUAUAAUAACCUUGGCACCACUCAACAUUCACUUGGAAACUUCAACGCAGCACUAAAUUCUUAUCAGCAUGCACUUGACAUCCGCCUUAAACUGUUUGGAGAAGAACACGCAAGCACUGCUGAUAGUUAUAAUAACCUUGGCACCACUCAACAUUCACUUGGAAACUUCAACGCAGCACUAGAUUCUAAACAGCAUGCACUUGACAUCCGUCUUACACUGUUUGGAGAAGAACACGCAAGCACUGCUGAUAGUUAUAAUAACCUUGGCACCACUCAACAUUCACUUGGAAACUUCAACGUAGCACUAAAUUCUUAUCAGCAUGCACUUGACAUCCGCCUUAAACUGUUUGGAGAAGAACACGCAAGCACUGCUGAUAGUUAUAAUAACCUUGGCACCACUCAACAUUCACUUGGAAACUUCAACGCAGCACUAGAUUCUAAACAGCAUGCACUUGACAUCCGUCUUACACUGUUUGGAGAAGAACACGCAAGCACUGCUGAUAGUUAUAAUAACCUUGGCACCACUCAAUAUUCACUUGGAAACUUCAACGCAGCACUAGAUAUCUAUCAGCAUGCACUUGACAUCCGCCUUAAACUGUUUGGAGAAGAACACGCAAGCACUGCUGAUAGUUAUAAUAACCUUGGCAACACUCAAUAUUCACUUGGAAACUUCAACGCAGCACUAGAUUCUGCACAGCAUGCACUUGACAUCCGUCUUACACUGUUUGGAGAAGAACACGCAAGCACUGCUGAUAGUUAUAAUAACCUUGGCAUCACUCAACAUUCCCUUGGAAACUUCGACGCAGCACUAGAUAUCUAUCAGCAUGCACUUGACAUCCGCCUUAAACUGUUUGGAGAAGAACACGCAAGCACUGCGGAUAGUUAUAAUAACCUUGGCACCUCUCAAUAUUCACUUGGAAACUUCAACGCAGCACUAGAUAUCUAUCAGCAUGCACUUGACAUCCGCCUUAAACUGUUUGGAGAAGAACACGCAAGCACUGCUGAUAGUUAUAAUAACCUUGGCAACACUCAAUAUUCACUUGGAAACUUUAACGCAGCACUAGAUAUCUAUCAGCAUGCACUUGACAUCCGCCUUGGAGAAGAACACGCAAGCACUGCUGAUAGUUAUAAUAACCUUGGCACCACUCAACAUUCACUUGGAAACUUCAACGCAGCACUAGAUUCUAAGCAGCAUGCACUUGACAUCCGCCUUAAACUGUUUGGAGAAGAACACGCAAGCACAGCUGAUAGUUAUUAUAGCCUUGGCAUCACUCAACAUUCACUUGGAAACUUCAAUGCAGCACUAGAUUCUAAACAGCAUGCACUUGACAUCCGUCUUAAACUGUUUGGAGAAGAACACGCAAGCACUGCUGAUAGUUAUUAUAGCCUUGGCAUCACUCAACAUUCACUUGGAAACUUCAACGCAGCACUAUAGAUUCUAAACAGCAUGCACUUGACAUCCGUCUUAAACUGUUUGGAGAAGAACACGCAAGCACUGCUGAUAGUUAUAAUAACCUUGGCAACACUCAAUAUUCACUUGGAAACUUUAACGCAGCACUAGAUAUCUAUCAGCAUGCACUUGACAUCCGCCUUGGAGAAGAACACGCAAGCACUGCUGAUAGUUAUAAUAACCUUGGCACCACUCAACAUUCACUUGGAAACUUCAACGCAGCACUAGAUUCUAAACAGCAUGCACUUGACAUCCGCCUUAAACUGUUUGGAGAAGAACACGCAAGCACAGCUGAUAGUUAUUAUAGCCUUGGCAUCACUCAACAUUCACUUGGAAACUUCAACGCAGCACUAGAUUCUAAACAGCAUGCACUUGACAUCCGUCUUAAACUGUUUGGAGAAGAACACGCAAGCACUGCUGAUAGUUAUUAUAGCCUUAGCAUCACUCAACAUUCACUUGGAAACUUCGACGCGGCACUAGAUUCUAAACAGCAUGCACUUGACAUCUGCCUUAAAGUGUUUGGAGAAGAACAU